UUUGAUGUUUACGUCAGAACUGCGAAAAAAUUGGAGCAAAAAAAUUUAUUUCCACUUAUUCUUAUUAAAACUCAAUAUUUGUUUGCUCAAAAAUUACUUCAAGACAUGACACAAUUACUACCAGUCGAGUAUAAUAGAAGUAAUCUUGAAGAAAGAGAUAACAUGCGAACACAUCUCUAA